GCGCGACGCCGGGGCUGUGGCGGCAGAGAGCGCGGUGCCGGGGCUAUGGCGGCCGCCCCCAGCAGUCUGGGCGGGACGGAGCCGGGAUCCGCGCAUGCGCAGGGGCGCCCGGGCCGCUGGGAGCACAAGCAAGCGGAGGUGCGGGCGGGAGGGGCCAGCUCCGGAGACGCACGUCUCGGUUGGGAAGAAAUGUCCUAAGCUUGUGUUCGGUGUUGAAGAUUAUUCCCGGCCUGAAGAGGGGCUUGGGCACUUCAGAGCUGUGACAAGGCUCUCGUUAGACAGAUACGGUGUUUGAUGCACGGAUGAAGAGCGAAACUUCAUGUACUGAGGACUUUACAGUCUGAAAUGCUUCAAUGAAUGCAGUCUUUGGAAACGGAAGAUGGAGUGUCUUAUGGUUUAAGAGGAAUAAGGCUUCACUAGAACUGUAACUAGAAUGGACAGUUACUUUAAAGCAGCAGUCUGUGACUUGGACAAACUACUUGAUGAAUUUGAGAAGAAUACAGAUGAAUGUGGCUGCUACGGAACGCCUCAAAAUCCAUACGACUCAAAACGCCAUUCACUUUUUUCAGCUUUGGAUAGCUUACAACAUGCAUCUUCAACACCAAAGCCACAAGAGGAUGUGGACAGUUGUACUGCAUCAGAAGAAAUUUCUCUAGCCAGCUGUGUUGGAACAAGUGAAGCAGUUCUGAAUUGUUCGCUGCAAAACGAGAAGAAUGUUGCUGGACUUGAUCUUUUGUCCACUGUGGAUGGUGGUUCCUCAAAUGAAAUUCAAGCUUCCAGCCUGGGAAGGUGUAGCGUACCUGUGUGUGAUCUUGUUAACGACACAGGUAGCUUAAUCCAUUCAGUGGGUGCUCAUGAACAUAUUCAGAAGUUGCAGCCAGAUGACUUUCAGUAUAGUGAAGACUGUUUGAUUGGCUUUGGCAUGCCUUCCAUAUCAGCUGCUGUUUGGGGAUCAUCAGUAGGUUGCAGUGAUGUUUCCUGUACACAAAGUGAUGGGGACUCAAUCUUACAAAAUUCAGGACUUCUCAAAAUAGAAGAGUUGAAUCAUUUAGCUUUAAAAUCAGACUGUUAUGCUAAAGGAAAGAUCUUGGAUCCAUAUGAUGAUAAACAGAGGACAGAAUCUUUAAAGGGUAAUGAGGUUUUUGAUCAGCUUGAACAACCUGCUCGCCUUAAUACUGCAUGUGUCUCUGUAACAUCACAGAAUUCAAGUGUGCACAGUCCCAAAGAUGAGACAGCUUGUGAAAAAUUGCCGUGUGAGCCACAACAUGACAGUGCAUGCUCUGUAGUGAGCAAAGAGAUGUAUGGAAGAAAUGCUAUGGAAAACGUAGACUUAGAAGAUGAAAGUAAUGUUGAAACCAUGCCUUCAGAUCUGCCAAAGAGUCCUCAGUUGCACAGAAACAGUGCAACAUUACCCGGAAAUUGUGUUUUAUCAGGCUCCUCAUUUCAAACAGAGAGUAGAAUAGAAAUAGAAAAGGAAAAUGCAGAAGAGAAUGUAGGUAAUGAAGAACUUAAUAGCAAUGAAAUAUUAAACAGUGUUUCAACUUCAUGUAUUUCAGUUGAGGAUGUUCAGACCUCACUGUCAUGUCUUCCACUUCCUGUAUCUAUAUGUGGUUCAUUAGUUGUAACAGAAGAAAAAAUUAAUCCUCUACCUCAGAAUGAAGUGGCAGAGGUUAUUAGUGAUAUUUUAACUGUUCAUGCUGGAAAGUCUAAAACUGAUCCAUCUGAUGAGGAGUCCCACAAAAAGACUGACUUGCGUGAACAUGACAGAUAUUUACCUAAAAUCGGCCAAAGCUUUGUGGGAAAAGGUAUAGGCGGAGAGAAGCAUGAUAUUGAGAAUAUAAUUGAUUAUGGUGAUUCUCAGCAUAUCAAAGCUAUUGCUUCUACUUUUCCUGUUUUAGAAUAUGAAGCUGAGCCAUAUGGUGUUGGUAUAGAGUCUUACUAUGAUGAAAGUAUUAGUCCAGUUGUAGCUGAAUUUACUGUUGAGGAUAAUAUUAUUAAAAGUGAUGCUCUAAUAAGUGAUGCUGAGCUUGAUGAUUUCUUGUACGGACAAAGUCUCCAGUGUGCUGUGCUGAAAUCUUCGGACAAUGAUAGUAAUUUAUUGGAACCUGAUGCAAAUGAAGUGAAUUUAACAGAUGUGAAAAACCUGGAUUUCACAGAAGCCAGUAAAGAACAUGUGCAGACAACACAGGAGGGGAUGUGUAGCAUUCCUAUUAAUCUUAAGGCAUCUGUUACUGACUGUAAAUUGGAAUCUCCAAUGGAAGAGAGUACAUCUCAUAUUCAGGACACAACUGAAAGUGGUAGUGAAGCACUAGUUUCUGUUGUUCGUUCUGAAGCUGCAAGACCAAAACAGUUGCUUGGCCUUCCCCAAAGAGCUGUUGGUCAAAGACAGCUGAAUAGAACAAAUGUACCUGAGAGAGAAAAUCAGGAAGCCAAUUCUGUAACACCAGAAGCUCCCCCCUCAGGCACCAGUGUUAGUUUUGAUAAAAAUUCUGAACCUGCUCAGUCUGGGGAAGACAGCUGUGAAGCUGGAGGAAGUCAAACAUCUGAAAGAGUAGAAUCACUUAAAAUGCCUGAAAUUUUGGGACAGAAACAACCAUCAUGGGUUCCUGAUUCAGAAGCACCCAACUGCAUGAACUGUCAAGUCAAGUUCACAUUUACAAAAAGACGACACCAUUGUCGUGCAUGUGGAAAAGUUUUCUGUGGUGGCUGUUGCAACCGAAAGUGCAAGCUACAAUACAUGGAGAAGGAAGCAAGAGUCUGUAUUGGCUGUUAUGACCCUAUUAUUAAAGCACAGGCAUUUGAGAGGAUGAUGAGUCCAACUGGUCCUAUCCCUAAUUCCAGUAUCUCCUCUGAAUGUUCUUCUGCUAUUCCACCUUUGCAGGAAGCCCACACAUCUGGUAGUUCUAGCUCUCCUUCAUCUUCUGUGUUGUUACCUAUCUCUGUACUUAAACAACCAGGUAUUGAAGGGCUGUGCCCCAAAGAACAGAGGAGAGUUUGGUUUGCAGAUGGUAUUUUGCCAAAUGGUGAAGUGGCAGAUACAACAAAACUUUCAUCUGGAGCAAAGAGGUCAUCACAGGACCUAAGUCCAGUAAACCCUGACUUGCCAGAGAUGCAUAUGGUUGCAAAUCCAGAGGAGAAUGACACAUUAAGUGAUGUAAAUUCAAAACCAAAGGAAGAAAUGAAUGUUACUGCAAGAAUUGAGGAAUUAUGUUGUGAAUCUUCUGUUCCUUCAGAUGAUAGGCAACAGGCCAUUCCGAGGCAAACUGAGAUGGUGCAUAGUUAUAAAUCUGUAAUUCCAGAAACUGAGUUCUCUACUCCUACAGAAGCUGAAAAGGCUGGUUCCAGCUCAGCUGAUUGGACUAAAAAUGAUUUUCGUGUUAGUCCUUCAAGUUACAGAGCACUAUGUGGUCUUGAAAACUGUGUUAGUAAAGAAGUCAGCCUAGUUCCUGAUGGUGCUAAACUGCCACCACUUUUGCUUGCAGCAGGAGAAAAAGGAAAAGAUCCUCUAGUGGAAGAACAUCCAUCUCGCCAACAGGUCACCUUGCUUCUUGCGGAAGGAGGUCCUAAUCCAUUAACCUUUAUCCUAAAUGCAAACUUCCUUGUGAAUGUCAAGUUAAUAUCUUAUUCUUCAGAAAAGUGCUGGUGCUUCUCGACAAAUGGACUACAUGGCUUGGGUCAGGCAGAAAUUAUCGUUCUAUUGCAGUGUUUGCCAGAUGAAGAGACUUUUCCUAAUGAAAUACUUAAAUUAUUUAUUGAUAUCUACAAGGAUGUAAUGAAAGGAAAGUUAAUAAGAAACAUGGAAAACUUUACUUUUACUGAAAACUUUCUUGGUAACAAAGACCAUGGAGGAUUCCUGUUUGUUUCACCAACUUUUCAGAAACUUGAUGAUCUGCUUUUACCAGAUAACCCUUUUCUAUGUGGCAUUCUCAUCCAUAAGUUGGAAAUACCCUGGGCAAAAGUUUUUCCAAUUCGUUUAAUGUUGAGAUUGGGAGCAGAAUAUGGGAUGUAUCCAACGCCUGUAGUAAGUUUCAGAGACCGAAAGCCACUCUUUGGAGAGAUAGGACACACAAUUAUGAAUCUACUUGUCGACCUUAGAAACUAUCAAUAUACUUUGCAUACCAUUGACAACCUAUUUGUUCAUGUGGAAAUGGGUAGAAGCUGUAUUAAAAUACCUCUAACGAGAUAUAAUGAGGUAAUGAAGGUGAUAAAUUCUUCUAAUGAGCAUGUAAUUAGCAUUGGAGCCAGUUUUAAUAUCGAAGCAGAUUCUCACUUAGUGUGUGUGCAGAGUAAGGAUGGUAUCUAUCACACGCAAGCAAACAGUGCAACUGGACAUCCUAGAAAAGUCACAGGUGCAAGUUUUGUCGUGUUUAAUGGAGCCUUGAAGACGUCUUCAGGAUUUCUAGCUAAAUCCAGUAUAGUCGAAGAUGGUCUAAUGGUGCAAAUAACACCAGAAACAAUGGAAAGCCUACGUCAGGCAUUGAGAGACAAGAAGGACUUUAAAAUAACUUGUGGCAAAAUGGAUGCAGGAGACCUAAAAGAAUAUGUAGAUAUUUGCUGGGUAGAAAAUGAAGAAAAAACAAACAAAGGAAUUUUCAGCCCAGUAGAUGGAAAGUCAAUGGAAGGAACUCAGAGUGAAAAACUACUACAAGGUGGAGACUUUGAAACAGAAGGAAAAAUUAUGAAGUGUACUGAAGUGUACUAUUUUCAAAAGGACCAUGAACUAUCCAGUCCUAUUCCUGACCAGUUUGCUAAAGAGAUUGCUAUUGCUUGCAGUACUGCUCUUUGCCCACAUCUUAAAACCUUGAAAAAUAAUGGAAUGAAUAAGAUAGGCCUUAGAGUUUCCAUUGACUCAGAUAUGGUUGAGUACUUGGCAGGGUCUGGUGGUCAGCUUCUUCCACAGAACUAUCUGAAUGAAUUGGACAGUGCUCUGAUUCCUGUGAUCCAUGGUGGGAUGUCAGAUCCUACAAGUUUACCAUUGGAAAUGGAGUUAAUAUUUUUCCUUAUAGAACAUCUGUUUUGAUGAGGAUGAUGUAUAUUACAUAAAAUAUACUGAUUUGCCAGGUCUGAACACCAAAGUUGUAAUGUUAAAAACACUAAAAAUAUCCAUGUCACUAAAACUAGUUUUGUUUCAAUGGAUUUUCAAACUGGGUUUUGUUUAAAAACAAACAAACCAACCCCAGGCUCUCUGGUUAUUUUACCACAAAAGAAUUGUGGUUUUUAGUAUUUCCUAGAGUUCUGAAACUUUACACUUAAUACAAUUGCAGAAGAGGGUGGGUUUUGUUACCUCUUUACACAAUUGUAGCAUUUACUAUGUGUAGUGUAACUUUAAGCCAUAGUAUUGGCACUAUUGCCUCUUAACCUCAAAUACAUGUGUUAUAAAAAUUCUUAGGGUUAGAUCUAAUCUAUAUCUGAAGCACGUGCUUUGCAUGUGUGAAUGAGAUAAACCUUGUGAAGUAUACUUAGCUGGCACAAAACUGUUUUCUUGCCACCAGAGAUUCAAAUAGAUCUUCAGUAGUUGACUGGAAACAUCAUGUGUCAGUACAGAUUAUAGGUGCACACCAUCUGACACCUUGUGUAUGAUAAGCAAGAGGAGAAAACUUUGCAGGUAUGUUUAUGAAGUCUCUGUAGCUGGAGAAGUCCUGACUUAAUAUUUGGAUAUUAUGCUGGUGCUUCAGGAACAUAUGCUUCUAAUUUUUUUAUAGAAUAACUGAUUUCAUUCUUGUAUUUAUAAGGAUUUAUCUAACUUAAAUGAUGCUAUUUUUAUAAAUACUGGUAUUUCUUCCUUUACUGUGUUCAAAAGUCCUGAUACAAUUUGACCUUCCAAGGAUAAUUAAGAAGCCCGGUUACCCUAGAAGUAAUCUACAUGUAGCAAUAAGUCAGAUAAGCAUCCCGUAAUAUCUUUUCUGCUCCCUUGUGCUACUUUUUGACAGCUCUUAGCAGCCACCUUUAUUUUCAGGGAGAAUAGAUGUAUUAAGUGUGAAUUUUCAUGAACAGACUGUUUUAGUAUACCUGAGGUUCUUGUAUUUUUGAUAUUCGGUCAUUAAGAUCUAUUUAUGUACUUGCAAUGCACGUGAUUUGUACAGAGGUUCAGUGAACCAUAAUCAGGGUUUGAUAACUGUCACUUAACUGUUUACCAAGAACAGAACCAAAACAAAAAUAUAUCCAAGCUCUGUAUUGUUUUGAGUAAAAAUGCUGGUACAGUUUUAUAAUGAGAGACUAUUAAAACUUUGAUGCCUUCUUGUUCUCACAGGGGACACAUUUUGUAUUGAAAACAAAAUUUGUAACUUAAUCUAAUCAACUUUGCUGUUAUCUGUGCUUUGGGACACCAGCGUUAGAAGGGUUCAGGCUUCAAGAUCUUAGGCUGGAGGAAACUGAGGAUGCAUCUGAGCUAAUUAAUACAACUCUUUCAGAGAAACUGUAGUCCUGGAGAAAAACUGAAGACCACACCAUAUGUAUGCACUAUGAACAAAAUGGAGUUGCUUGAAAACAGUUCAUAAGAAGACAGUCAAGCAAACAACACUGAAAGGGUGAACAGUAGUUAAGAGGUAUCACUGUUAAGUGUAUUUGUACCAGAUAUGUAACCAGGUUGGGGUGGCUCUCUUUUGUGUUACCACAGAUAUCCAAUACCAUAGGUGCAAACUAGCUUUACCUGUGUUUCUUCUUAGCGGUAACUAAAGGAACAGUUGACUCUUACCACUUACCAUGGUUUAACUCACUUUAAAUAAUUAUCACUAACAAAUAAAAUUGACUAGAAUGUUUGUUA